GUGUGUGUUGCUCCCAGGCUCUGUGGGAAGGCUCCAGCAGCAGAGGAGGAGGAGGAGGAGGACACUCCAGUCUCCAUUCCAGUCUGCAGCCGCCACACAGGCCACCUGCCUCGGGCUAUUUACCGGACACACACAGCGCUGGAAAACAAACUCCCAGAGCCAUAAUUUUACUCUGAACAUUUUCUUUAGACUUUUGCCGACUUCAGAAACUAAAAACAAAGACAGGGGAAGAUUUGCAUGGCCAGCAGCCGCUUCCUUUGCCACUGAGGGAAAACUUUUUUAUAAGUCCUUUUUGACUCAUUUUUGGGGAGGGAUCAUUUGGAUUCUGCAGGAGGAGAAACCAGUGGCUCUCAGUUUUGCUCUCUGGACAGGAAACUGCAUCAGGUUCUGGAUUAAACAAACCUAAACACCACAUUACAGUUCAUGUUUUAUUUCUGUGAGACCACAGAAUUAAUCAGUAACGGCUUUAUAGGACUUUUAAGGUAGCUUCACAUACAUCCUUGGACUUUGUUCAGAGGGGAAGAGCAGUAGACGUCGUCUCCGCCUCUUCUUUUAUCCUGACGUGAACCAACCUCCACGUCUCCUCCUGGGGACACACAGCCUGGUCCCCUGUCCAUCGUCCACGCAGCAUGAAGCGGCCGUGUGAGGACAGCAGCUCGGCAGAGAGCGAUGUGGAGGAGCCCAUCGAUGUGGGCAGUGAGAACAUGUAUCCGAGGCACAUGAAGGCGUCCUUCAUCAGAUGCGGAUCACCGACCACAACCACUCAAGUGAUGGCGAGGAAAAAACGCAGAGGGAUUAUUGAGAAGAGACGAAGAGACCGAAUCAACAACAGCCUGUCGGAGCUGCGGAGACUCGUCCCCACAGCGUUUGACAAGCAGGGCUCGGCUAAACUGGAGAAGGCCGAAAUCCUCCAAAUGACUGUGGACCACCUGAAGAUGCUGCAGGCCACAGGAGGGAAAGGUUACUUUAACGCCCAUGUCUUGGCCCUGGACUUCCUGUCUCUGGGUUUCAGGGAGUGUGUGACGGAGGUUUCCCGCUACCUGAGCGCCAUAGAGGGUCUGGACUCCAGCGACCCACUGCGCUCUCGCCUCCUCUCCCACCUCACUUCCUGUGCCUCCCAGCGUGAUGCCGCCGCCCUCACAGCCGCCUCCCACUCACCACAUCACCACCAGCAGCCUCACCCUUUGGCUCACCCCUUCCACCCCCACCGCUGGGCUGCUGCUGUCGCCACCGCGGCUGCAUUUCAGCCUAUACCAGCUACCGCUGCUGUGCCAUAUGGACUGAGCGGGCUUCCUGUUUCUCCAGAUGCUGGAGGAGGCGGAGCCCCCCAGAGGUUGGCCGAGCUGUCCCAGCGCCAUGUGGCAUCCUCCUACACAGACUCCACCUCCUCCUCCCCUCCUUCCUCAUCCUCCUCUUCCUCUUCUCUUAUGCUCCCCUGCACCCCCGCCCCUCUCUCCACCUCCCUCUUCUCUCUCUCGGCCUCAUUUCCCAUCGCCCUCCAAGGAGGCUUCCCCAUCCUCACUCCUUCCUCCUUCACCUCUACUGUCACCACCAGUCCACCCAUCUCCUCCUCUUCUUCCUCCCAGACUCCUCAUAGCAACAGCAGUAAACCCUACAGACCGUGGGGGACCGAGGUCGGAGCUUUCUGACUGACCUCUGACCCGCUGACGGCCUGAAAACACAAUCACCAGUGAACAAACUGCUUACAGACUGAGUUUUACUGACUGGUUUUAACACCUGACCCAACCCUCGUGUUCGAUUAACUCGUUAACCCUUCAGAUGCUUUUGACUGUGCUCACCUGCAGAGUGCCUGGUUAUUCUGAAACCUCUGUCCAAGCUACAGAGUUGGACAGUUUGUUGUUGUCUUUCUUCUUUUUACUCAAAUUUACUGAACUGUUUAACAUCAACAGUUGUUUUGUUUACUCCGCUUGGUCAAAGACGUCACUUUUUAAAGUUACUCUGUCCUGCUGCCACAAAUACUUACUAGAGGUCAAAUGUGGAUUCAUCUGCCACUGAAAAUAGUCCCCAGAGGAUGCACUGUUCCCUCCUGUGUGAUAAAAUCUACAGUGAGCAGCUGGUUUAAGAAACGACUGAUCCUUUAAAGUGUAUGUAUAUUUGUGAGCUAAGCUUUCAGAGAGAAUGUUGAGUUUGAAUUUGCCAUAGGAUUAUAGAAAAAUGCAGACCAGAUUUCAGACUACCUUAAACACUGACACAAACCAACCUCUGAGAAAACCAGUACACCAGUGUUUAACCUGUCUGACAAAAUUGAUACUUUUACUUAAAAAAGCACCAGUUAAGUGAGAAUAAAACCAUUCCCUGUCCAAACUGUUUGCCGCUGCACAUCCACCAGAACCAGCAGAAAGUUAAAUGGUCAAACUGGUACAAACCAGGAUGAAGAUUAACACAGUAACUGAUGGUGAUUGUACAUGUCACUGAAUUUACUACCUAAACCCAACGGUUCCCUGUGUGCCUUUGUACGAAUAAAGAUGCUGCUGUAA